UGUCUUGGCGGGAAGGUUUUUAUUCUGGUCCUUUGUUGCGAGAGUGUCAAGCUGGUAGCGUGGGAAGGAAAUCGAAGUAUUUCCAAGGCUCUUAUCAUGCACCCAGGAAGGACUUUGCACCUUCCAGGCGUUUCUGGCUGUCUUUGCAGCCUUUGAAUGCGGCUGAAAUAUCCAGCAUGUCGAAGGAGGAAUCCUAAAAAGCCCAGAUACUCGCAAGCAGCCAGAGGAUCUAAAAUGGGAAAGAUCAGGAGCUAAAUGCUUGGAGAAAGCAUUUCUAGAACAAUAGGCUUUGGAGAUAGCUGUGAAACGUUGGCAAAGUAGGAUGGUGUCGUCAGCUUGUAACCGAUGCAUGAAGAUGAAAGCAAACUUUUGAAGCCAGAGUGAAGAUUUUGCAUUCACUGGCGCCGUUUUAGCUGUGGAUCUCUGCUUCGAUUUGAGCCCGGACCUUGACGGCGCAUUCGCAAUGGAGCUGGAAGAUUUGGCCGUGUUGCUGUCGCUGCAGAUAUUGCUUCUCUUGCAGGAGAGGGUGCAUCUGUGUCUCAGGUUCUACCGCAGGAUGCAGGCCCGGCGAGCAGAACUUUUUCACCAAGCGAUCCACCCUCAGAGGCCGGGUAUUCGGGCAACCAGUAGGGCAAGGAGAGCCCUUCUUGCUAGCACCGACCGCCGUUCAUCUCAGAGGGCCAGGCAUGGUUGGUUCGCCCUGGCGUGCACCCCCAACCCUCCUCGCUUCUGGGUGUACCCCAGGAGUCGUGACUGGUGGGAGAAUUGUGUGAUGGCUUUUUGGGGCGACGAGGAGUGGCUCCACAGCUUCAGAAUGACCCGGCAGACCUUCAUGGAACUUGUGGAAACUUUGCGGGGACGCCUGCACCGAGCGACCACCACCAUGCGGCAGGCCAUACCCGUGGAGAAGCGGGUGGGCGUGGCCCUGUGGUAUUUGGCCAGCCCAAAUACGUACCGGGAGGUUCGUGAACAGUUUGGGGUCGGACUGUCCACGGUGGCCGAAAUGGUGGUGGAGGUUUGCCUGGCGAUAGAGACGGAGCUCUUCAACAAAACGAUCUGUCUCGGUCCUGAUGUGGCAACGGUGAUGGCCGGCUUCAGCCAGUUAGGUUUCCCACACUGUGUCGGAGCCCUGGAUGGUUCUCGCCUGCCAAUCAGGCAUCCUGGGGGGAGGUCAGCUAACUAUGCCAACCAAAAAUGUUUCUCUUCCAUCCUCCUGUUGGCCACCGUCGACCACACCGGACGCUUCAUUGACGCAGAGAUCAGUCACUCUGGAAAGAAUCACGACGCACUCGUCUUUGUCAAUUCCAACCUGUGCAAAGCAAUGGAUAAGGGGUUGUAUGUUCCGGGCAACCCGACUCUAAUCCUCGAAGGGGUCAGUGUGCCACCCCUAAUUUUGACUGACGGGGCCUUCCCAAUGCGGAGGUGGCUCAUGAAGCCGUACGCACCACCGCACAACGCGCAGGAGAUGCGGUUCAAUUAUCAGCUGAGUCGGGUCCGGAAUGUGGUGGAGUGCGCUUUGAAGAGACUGAAGGCGAGGUGGCGUUGCCUCACCGCCAAACUGACCGUCUUCCCCCAAAACGUGACUUCACUAGUAGCAGCCUGUGUGGUGCUCCAUAACAUCUGUGAGGCAAAGGGCCAUGAGGUGCCCCAGACUGCCACGGAGUCCGGACCGAUGGUGUCACAGCUGACCAACUCAGACACCGCAGUAGAGAGAAUUGACAGUCCCGAAGGGUACGAUCCUUGCGAUGACUUGAAUCUCAGUGAAGGGGAAGCCGUCCGGGAUGUGCUUGCACGAUUCAUUACAAGCGGGAGUGCGAGAUGACGGUGGGGGGGCUUGAACUAGUAAUGUUCAACGUUGGUCUGAGAUUUCACAGUUUACAGAUUGGAUGUGGCACUGUUGGUUAUUUCCAAUGAUCUGCAGCACACUUCUGCUGUUCAAAGGUGUGCUGUGGAGUUUUCCCUGUUUGUGUGUGUGCAGUCGUUACACGGUUAUAUUUUUUCAAUCAGAAAUUUUAAACGCUUUUUUUUUGCACAAAACUGUGUUUUCUGGUAACAGGAUGCCACGCUUUCUAGUGUGCUCCGCCAAACAUCACUCUUCACGCAUAUGUGGGUGAGGGAAAUUGCUGUGGAAAGUGUGGUUAAAAAUAUGGAGCUUCAACUCCACACAGACACGUUUCCUUUGAAGUCGAUUCCGUGGACUUCAAAAUUGUUCCCAGUAAAGUGCACAGAACUGGUGCCACCAGCUUCAGACGUGGGGCAGGAGCGUAGGUCCACUACGUGCCCCCUUUCUAUGGGGGACGCAGAGGGCUGGCUGGCAGAGUGGAGCAAUUAGGAACACAGAUGAGUCUCAGCAUAAUUUCUCCAUCUUCUGUAAUCACCCUUAAGAACUCCUGCUUCACUGAAAAUCCUUUUGCUGGGAUCAGGGGCUGGAGGGGAGAUGUUACUUGCCCAAAGCCUCAACUGUCAAUGGCCACCAUCUUAAAGUCCUCACUCAUCCUCAGAAAAGGUACCAUUGGCAUCUAGAGGUACUAGGUUGAGGACCAUUUCUUGGGAGACAACUGCACCACCAUGGGUGAGACAGAUGUGCAUAGAAGGGGCAAAUAUGGGAAAGGUCAGCCAAGUCACUGUCACCCAAAUUGGAGGAAUACAAUAAAUUACAUGGAUUCUUGAUAAUUUCCUAGACAGGUUUAAGGACGUAGAGAAUCUGAAACCAUGCUUUACCUUGUAAAUCCAUUUAUGGUUGAUGUAAUCAACGGAGGUUGUCCAGUUCCCAAACCUGUUUUCAGACUCACCUGCUGUGGAAAUGGAACCAAUUCAGUUGCAGGGUUGCAAUCUACAGUUGAGUUCUGGAAGCAAGUUCCAGAAAUAAACUAUCUGAAGAAAAUUAGUGUCUUGACUCCACUCAGUUGCCAGGACAACAAUCUGCUGUGAAUCUCUUUUUUUGUAAUGAAGUUCGAAGCACUGUGCAAUCCUCACAAUAUGACAGCUAAUUCGUACUGCCUUGACAACAUAUCAGCCGGAUUUUAGACGACUCGCAGCAAAGAUGGAGACUCACAAUAUUUCUACAAGCGGUAAUAGCCAGUAAUAGCCUCUCAUUUACAAAUCGUUCUCCAUGUUUUGACCAGCUAUUUAGUCUUAGCCAAAGAAGUACCAUUAGCAAAAUCUGUUUUUACCCUUUGUUUUUAUUUUUGCUACUGUCAUGUAAGGUUAAUAAAAAUUCCAUGCAUGAUUAA